AUGCGUCUGCUAUCGCUUCCUUCAACUCUCCUGCUCGCUGCGAACGCAGCGGCGUAUGACACCCUCCUCCACUUCGGCCCGACAGCUCAGGUAGAGACGCGUUCUAUCGACCAGAUUUACAAAGCUGCUCUCAAAAAGGGCGGCGUCGUGACAGCCUGGUUCGGCGGUGAUGAGAAGAACCAAGAAGACGCAGUCAAGAAGGCUUUUGAGACAGCCUUUCCUGGCAUGAAGCUUAAUCUCACUGUUGACCUAUCUAAAUAUCUUGAUGGCAACAUCGACCAACAGCUCGCUAACAACAACGUCUAUGUUGAUACAGUCGCUCUGCAGACCACGCAAGACUUUCCACGAUGGAAAGAUGAGGGCGCGCUACUUUACUAUGCCCCUGCUGGUUUUGAUAAGAUAUAUUCUGGCUUGAAGGAUAUUGAUGCUGCCUUCUACGGAUACACUGGUAUUGCGUGGCAGCUCAUCUGGAAUGCCAAUAAGUUGAAGGGCAAAGAGGCGCCGGCAGAAUACAGCGACUUCCUUGCGCCGGAGUACAAGGGCAAACUUGCUUUGACAUAUCCCAAUGACGACGAUUCAAUCCUGUUCCUGUUCGACCAAAUCCUCAACAAGUACGGCGAGACUUGGUUCACCAAGCUUCUCCAGCAGAAGCCUCGCUGGGUGCGCGGAGCAGCCACCCCCCAGACACUUGUCCGCGACCCCAAGACACCUUACGCCGCAACCUUCACCUCAGCCAUGGGCCUGACAACUGGCGCCGGCUCUCUCAACGCUACAUAUCCCAAGAAGAGCAACUUCAUCUCGUGGGCACAGCACACUGCUAUUCUCAAGGACGCGCCGCACCCCGAGGGAGCUAAAUUGCUGCAGAACUUCUUACUGAGCAAGGACUUCCAGAAGACCAACGGGUUCUGGCCUGUCAGAAUUGAUGUCGCUCCGCCGGCCGGGUUUCCUCAGUUUAUCAAUCAACUGAACACCGAUCCGCAUAAUUUCAUGAAGUUCAUGAGUGACCCAGAGAGAGUUGAGAGGUUGAGAUUCUGGUUCGAGAAGAGACUUGGUACUGCCCAAGGUCUCAGCCCACUGGAUGAUGAUUUGUAG